UGUUUUUCAACUCUACGAAAGGCGCAAAAUUUUCGUCGGAAGAUCGGGUUCGAUAAAUAAGAGAUCAGUAAACCUAAUGAAGAUAACAGAACCCCAAGAUGAAGACAAGAGCCAUUCUCUUUGAGGUAGUCGUUAUUGUGUCAUUACUGCAAAGGAUUUAUGCAACAAAGAAGAACUUCGCUUGUGGAUUUAUUGUUGGUCAUUUAGAUGAGUUUCAUGCAGUGAACUCAGUCUUCAACAACGCCUCCAGUUCGAGUAAUGUCUCAGUGGUGUUAAAGAAAUUUAACACUUCAGACGCUCUGAACCUAUUUAAUCAAGCCACGACGAUUUUCGAAAGCAACGUCAUUACACUUAUUGAGGGAAGUAAAGCAACGACGUCCGCAUGCGCACUGUCGACGGUAACCGGUAUUCCUCUUAUUCGUCUGCGACAUGAUAGUGGACCGUUGGACCACUGUGAAAAAGCAAUACAGAUGUCAGCGGGAUACAAUGACUAUGCGCGUGCAACACGUGACAUAGUGAAUACCUUUGGAUGGAAAAACAUUGUUCUUGUUUAUGAAGAGCGUCAUGUGCACGAGGCUGGCUUUUUCGUCGCCAUCACCCAAAAAUUACAGCUGACUGUGAAUUUAGUUCAACUCUAUGAGCAGGGACAAGAUGAAGGACUAACAGCAGCGAUACAAUCAGCAGUAGAGCAAGUAAAGGACUUUGAUGCUGAAAUUGUUGUACUCUACAUGGAAAAUAAAAACAUUCAGCUAAUGCUACAACAGAAGCCUUGCAACCACAGAAAGACAUAUAUUUGGAUUAUCCAAGGGCAGGUGCAAAUGCCUUUGAAUUUAACCUGCUACCAAUUUGCUGUGGUAGCUUUGAAGCUGUCGUACGAUGACCACACAGUUAAUGAUCUUCUAAAGCAUGUAGUUGGAAAUUAUUCGGCCAGCAGUUCCGUUGACAAGCAAUUGGCGGCAGUUAGUUAUGAUGCAGUCCAGACCAUCAACAAAGCAGCAAAUAUAGAGCCUUGUUCAUCAAUCAACGGGUCUGAUAUUGGUCCUGAAGCAACCAAAGCCAUGUUAACAUGCUUGAGGAUGGUCAGUCUCAAUGGAACUACAGGAUUUCUCCAAUUUAACGAGCAAGGGGAACGUAAAAGAGUUGAACUGGAAAUUUUAAAUCUUCGUAACAAUUCUUUUAAGAAAAUAGGUACCUGGAAUUCAUCUAAGGGCGCCGUGUUUUCUGGAAAUAUCCUACGUAACAUGGAUAACCCACUGUCAGAAACAACCUUAGAGGGGAGAAAGCUCAGGGCUGUUGGUUUACUGGACGCUCCCUUUGUGAUGAGGGUGAAAAAUAAAAACGGCGGAUUUUCUUACGAAGGAUACUGCAUUGAUCUUCUGAAUGAGCUGGCAAGAAACCUUAAAUUUACGUAUGAGCUCUACCUCUCUCCUGACGGCAAGUAUGGUGCUGAAAAUGAAGAUGGAACUUGGAGUGGAACGAUGAAGGAGAUUGUAAAUGAGCGCGCCGAUAUAAUCGUUGCAGCGCUCACUGUAACAGAAAGUCGAGAGAAGGUAGUAGACUUCAGCGUACCUUACAUGUAUUACACUGAAGAUAUACUAUUGAAAAAAACAUCAUCCAAGGAAAAUUAUGACCUGCUGCAGUUCAUGAAUCCGUUUGAUAAUCAAGUUUGGUUCGCUACCUUAGCUACCCUCGUGGUCAUCUCUAUUGCUGUGUUUGUAAUAAAUUACUACAGUCCUUAUGGAUUCAAAGAUGAAAGUGGCCGAGGAACAUCAGAGGAGUUUAGUUUCUUCAACAGUGUAUGGUUCGCUUUGGCCUGUAUGUUGCAGCAAGGAGGAGAUAAUACACCAAAGAGCCUAUCAGGUCGUAUCCUCGCUGGUUGCUAUUGGUUUUGCAUAUUAAUCUGGGUCUCAACAUACACUGCCAAUUUGGCCGCUUUCUUCACUGUAAAGAACGCCGAACAUCCGAUUAAUAACCUAGAGGACAUCGUGAAAUCAUCGUAUUCGGUGGGAAUACUCGACUCAUCCAGCACUUCAGAGUUCUUCGAGACGAGCGGCUACGAAACACACAAAAAAAUCUGGCACAAAAUAAAAUCGGAGGGUACCCUUGCUGAAAAUACAGCGCAAGGUGUUGAGUGGGUGAGAGAGAAAGAUGAGUUCGCGUUUAUCACUGACGGGCCGUUUCUUCAACAUAUCGCCAACAAAAAACCCUGUGACCUGCAAGUUGUUCCAGGUCUAAGCACGUCGAAAGGACUUGCACUCGCCUUCCAAGCUAAUGAUCCACACGUGAAUGACUUUACUCUGGCCAUUUUGCGUCUGCAUGAGAACGAUUUUCUCACCAGCUUGCAAAGGAAGUGGUGGGAUAGUACGAAUAAAUGUCCAGUCGAAGAAGAAACGUCUUUGUCUCGAAAAAGAAUUGGUAUUAUGAGUAUGCUGGGUGUGUACAUUGUUUUAGCUGUUGGAAUGAUCAUAGCAUUCAUGACACUUGUGGCGGAACUUUACUGGAAGAGAAAAGCUAAACAAGCGCUGGUAGACAAGCUGCACAGGACAAAACUUCGUUCAGUGAAAAUUCGCCCAGGACCUUCUGAGAUAACAUAAUUGUACACAUGUUUUUUGUUGUUGCUUCUACUUUAAAUGAAAGUUAUUCCUAAUAUAAAUCUUAAG